AUGGGGUUUCCAGACCAAAUUGUAGGGGGGAAUUGCCCGUCUGGCCCGCUGCCCACCUGGGCAGCCAGCGGCUCGGCACCUGCCCUUGCCUGCCCGGCCCCCAGGACUGUGAGCCUGGGAGACGGGCUGAGAAGACCUGAGCGCAGCAGGAGGACACUCCGGCGCUGCCUCUGCGGCAUCCCUGGCCCCCCGAGCCCCAGCUGCCUGCCCUCGGGGCGCUCCCUGUACCCCUGGAGCCAAGGACAUUUCUUGCUCUUUCUCCAGCUCCACACCUCUAGCAGGCUGAAACCUCAAACACCUGGGAAGCUUGCCAGUCUAUUACUGGAAAGGAUCCCAAACCAGCUGAGGGGCAGCUCUCCACUGUCCAGGCAGGAAGAAGAGAGAAUGGAUGGCUGCACUGCCUCUCAGCAGGACAGAGACCAUGCCACUUCAGGGCACAGCCAGGGGUUGAAGAUGGAGCCCUGUUUCCAGACCAACUCUCUCCUGCCUUCCCCCAGCACAUCCCUGGUAUCACAGCUCCUAAGCCACCAGAUGGUUGGCAGGAGCCUGGAUCCUUGCAUCCUCUUCCCUUCCUCCCAGGUAGUGGCCCUGCCUCAGGACUAUGAGUAUGGUGCACCUCCUGGAGAAGGAGCACAAGCCCUGGCUUUCCCCAGGACCCAUGCCCCAGCUUCCAUGCCCUGUGCUGGUGACAGGGACCAGCUCUCUGAUCAGCACCUACGGGACCAACUCUCUGACCAGCACCUACAAGCCAAGCGGGCCAGGGUGGAGAGCAUCAUCCAAGGCAUGAGUCUCCCACCAACCCCCUUAGCGUUUGGCACCAGCCCGGAGGCAGCUUCUGGGCAUGAGAGGGAUAGUGAGCUGCCCCGGGAGAGCAAGAGGAAGACCAGGGUGCCCCAGCAGGGUAUGGGAGUGCCCAGGCGAGUGGCCCCUGUAGGGGGUAGCCUGCAUGUUGAGGGCUGCCAGCAGCUGAAGGAGCAGCUCUGCUUUUUAGAGAAGCAGCUGAGGAGGCUUCAGGAGAAGUUCUCCCAGGUCUGUGACUCUGGUGAUGCUGCCCAAACCCAGGAAGGUAUUGAGAAAGUGCAUUCACUGCCUGGAAAGCCUGGAGACAGACUGGACGAGGACAGUGCUGCUGCCACCAAUGACCCAUGCAAAGUGCCUCUCUGGAGGAGUACCCCAGGGGUGCAUGGGCAGGAGGAGGACGAGGGCAGAGGCAGCUCAAAUGGCUUGUCCUCAGCUGCAAGGGUCCUCUCGCAGGCACUGAAGAAUGAGCUGGCUGGGGUGACAUCCCACGUGGUGGACUCUGUCCUGAAGACAGUGUGGCCGAAGGCAGCCAGCCACCUCCUGCAGCAGCACCACAGCCUCCUGGUGCCAGGGCCAGGUAAUAGAAGAGAGUAUUUUGCUGCUGAGAAAUGCAGAAAGCCACUUGCUAAGCCGUCCCCCAUGAAUGCGCCGGGGUGGCUGGGCUCACCCCAGGCUGCAGUCCUGCCAGGGGCUUCAGGGAAGAGCCUGGGUUCUCAUGGUGGCUCCUUCAGUUCAAAGGGGGUCAGAAAACCCUGUCAGGUACCCAGCAUGGGUUAUCCGCUGGGCUCAGCUGCCCCCGUCCAGGACAGCCAGCUGCUGAGCCAGCUGCUGGGCUGCAGCCAGCACAGCCCCUGGGGCAGCAGCUCUGGUGGGACCCUCACUGCUCCGGAGGGUGGUUCUCUGGAGCCCCUCAACUUGCACUGGGGAACUGUCAAACUGAGGUCAUCUCUUGUGAGACAGCAGCGUCCCCUGGCCCUGAGCCCUGCCGACGUGGAGAGCCUGGCACUAUUGCCAGCUGGCAGGGACGGCUGCGGGGAGCUGCAGGCUGCGAUGGACGAGGUGCCCUUCACCUCCACCCAUAUCCAGGACGCAUUGACCCCCAGCCACCUGAAGAAGGCCAAGCUGAUGUUUUUCUUCACUCGCUACCCCAGCUCCACUCUGCUGAAAGCUUACUUCCUCGAUGUGCAGUUCAGCCGCUGCAUCACCUCCCAGCUCAUCAAGUGGUUCAGCAACUUCCGUGAGUUUUACUACAUCCAGGUGGAGAAGUUUGCCCGGCAGGCCCUGCUGGAGGGUGUUGUGGAUGCCAGUGCCCUCCGGGUGUCUCGGGACUCAGAGCUCUUCCGUGCCCUCAACACGCACUACAACAAGGGAAACGACUUUGAGGUGCCGGGGCGGUUCCUGGAGGUGGCCAGCCUGACGCUGCGGGAGUUCUUCAGCGCUGUCAGGGCAGGCAAGGAUGCCGACCCUUCCUGGAAGAAACCCAUUUACAAAAUCAUUUCCAAACUGGACAGUGACAUCCCAGAAGGUUUCAAGGCCGCAGGCUGUUCCCAGGAACUUCUCCGCAGCUGAAUCUCCAUGAAAGCAACUCCAGGACCUGUGUGCAGCCACCAUGUGCUAAGCACUCCUGGGCACUCU